AUGGUGACGGUACCUGGUGUACUGACGACCCUUGUGUUAACAGGAUUGUGUGUGUGUGUCCAUAUGACAGGUGAGUCUGUUUCUCUCUUUACCCACCUUUCUUAACCCGAUCCCUCCAUAUUGGGGACAGUGACUGAUCUAAUUUACACUAUCUAUGGGGGGCUCACCACAGAGUUACUCUAUAUAUGGUUUGAUCUCAAUGGUUUACAUGGCUAACUAAAGGUUAAAAUAGUGUCAAUCAUGUUAAGUAUGUGUGAGUUGUGUUUACGCAUAGUUAUCCUUGUUUCUGUGAGAUCGUGAAUAGGAAAGGGUAGCCUAUGUGAGAUUGUGUGUGAUCUAUUCCUGUGUGUGUGUUGACUGAAGUGUUCUGUGUGAACUCUCAGGAUCAUCUGGGGCCGUCUGUACCACCAUUGUGCAUUCCCUGAACUUAAACUGUGUCCUGCAGUGGGAUUGUCCCCAGGCCAACGCUACCACCACCUACACCGUCCAAACUAAGACUCAGGGGUGUGUCUGUCUGUCUGAUUCCUCAGUGCUCACUAUUGACUUAAUGGACUAGUAUCUAGCUCUAAAUGUCCUCUCAGCUAAAUUACUGUUCUAAGAUUCGGGGGUCUGCCUCGGUCUGCUCUCUCUAUUGACCUAAUCGAUCUAGCCCUAAUAGUAUGCUGUAUUACUGUUCUGCUAUUUUCUAGAAUUGGUAGCGAAUUGUUUAAUAGAAAACCACUACAUUGAUCUAUGACAAUGUUCUGUAUCUUAUUCUGUAAUGUUUGUUCUGUGUGUAACUACUACCUAGUCAUUUAAAUAGAGUAUUUUAAAUCAAGUCGUUGUUUGUUUGAAAGUUGUAAUCAGUAUCCUGAUAGUCAUUUACUUUACAAUGACAGUUAAUAUGAAUAGUGCAACUGUUGGGAGUGUGAGGGGAAAGCUAUCCUAGAAAGGAAAGGGAAAGCUAAUUAUUGUGUGAGAACAAACCGCUCUGAUGACGCAUGCGGAGAGGAGCCGGUGAGAGGGGUAGAGUGAGAGCGGUAAAGCGAGAGAAUUUAAAACGUGUGGUUUUGGCAGAAAAAACACAAAGGGUUUUAAUCAGAGGGAUGAAUCAGUCACUCCAGUCCAUGGUUGAUUGCCCUUAUGGAUAGAUGGACUCUGAUAGAUGGGCACAAUUGUUUUCUACUACAGCCGUGAAACUCUGGCUUCUCCUCUCCCCUGCCACCUGGUUUCAGUCAUAACAACCACCACCACCACCACCCAAGUAGUCCAACAACCAGUGUGUGUGUGUUAUCUUGUGUGGGUAUUGCAUAUUUUCAGAAACAUUUCCACAUACAUUUUAAUAAAUAGGAAUAAUAAAUAAAUACUAUAUAGUUUGUAUCUCUUUGUUCAUGUAUGUUUCUCUAUAUAUGAUACCAGUCAAAAGUUUGGACAUCCCUACUCAUUCCAGGGGUUUUCUUUAUUUUUUUUACUAUUUUCUACAUUGUAGAAUAAUAGUGAAGACAUCAAAACUAUGAAAUAACACAUGGAAUCAUGUAGUAACCAAAAAAAGUGUUAAACAAAUCAAAAUAUAUUUGAGAUUCUUCAAAGUAGCCACCCUUUGCCUUGAUGACAGCUUUGCACACUCUUGGCAUUCUCUCAACCAGCUUCGUGAGGAAGUCACCUGGAAUGCAUUUCAAUUAACAGGUGUCCCUUGUUAAUUUGUGGAAUUUCUUUCCUCAAUGCGUUUGAGCCAAUCAGUUGUGUUGUGACAAGGUAGGGGGGUUAUGAAAAAUGUAUGCACUCACUAACUGUAAGUCGCUCUGGAUAAGAGCGUCUGCUAAAUGACUAAAAUGUAUACAGAAGAUAGCUUUAUUUGGUAAAUGACCAAGUCCAUAUUAUGGCAAAAACAACUCACAUAAGCAAAGAGAAACGUCAGUCCAUCAUUACUUUAAGACAUGAAGGUCAGUCAAUACUGAACAUUUCAAGAACUUUGAAAGUUUCUUCAAGUGCAGUCGCAAAAACCAUCAAGCGCUAUGAUGAAACUGGCUCUCAUGAGGACCGCCACAGGAAAGGAAGACCCAGAGUUACCUCUGCUGCAGAGGAUAAAUUCAUUAGAGUUAACUGCACCUCAGAUUGCAGCCCAAAGCUUCACAGAGUUCAAGUAACAGACACAUCUCAACAUCAACUGUUCAGAGGAGACUGUGUGAAUCAGGCCUUCAUGGUCGAAUUGAUGCAAAGAAACCACUACUAAAGGACACCAAUAAGAAGAAGAGACUUGCUUGGGCCAAGAAAUCUGUCCUUUGGUCUGAUGAGUCCAAAUUUGAGAUGUUUGGUUCCAACCGCAGAGUAGGUGAACGGAUGAUCUCCGUAUGUGUGGUUCCCACCGUGAAGCAUGGAGGAGGAGGUAUUAUGGUGUGGGGAUGCUUUACUGGUGACACUGUCUGUGAUUUAUUCAGAAUUCAAGGCACACUUAACCAGCAUGGCUACCACAGCAUUCUGCAGUGAUACGCCAUCCCAUCUGGUUUGCGCUUAGUGGGACUAUCAUUUGUUUUCAACAGGACAAUGACCCAAAACACACCUCCAGGCUGUGUAAGGGCUAUUUGACCAAGAAGGAGAGUGAUGGAGUGCUGCAUCAGAUGACCUGGCCUCCACAAUCACCCAACCUCAACCCAAUUGAGAUGGUUUGGGAUGAGUUGGACCGCAGAAUGAAGGAAAAUCAGCAAGGAAAAGUGCUCAGCAUAUGUGGGAACUCCUUCAAGACUUUUGGGAAAGCAUUCCUCAUGAAGCUGGUUGAGAGAAUACUAAGAGUGUACAAAGCUGUCAUCAAGGCAACGGGUGGCUACUUUGAAGAAUCCAAAAUAUAUUUUGAUUUGUUUAUCACUUUUUUUUGGUUACUACGUGUGUCAUUUCAUAGUUUUGAUGUCUUCUAUUAUUUUACAAUGUAGAAAAUAGUAAAAAUAAAGAAAAACCCUUGAAUGAGUAGGUUUGUCCAAACUUUUGACUGGUACUGUAUGUGUGUGUGUGUGUGUUACAGGGAUUUGUGGCAGAACGUGGAGAGCUGUGUGCGGUUCUCCUCCCAGCUGUGUGACCUGUCCGAUGCCUUCUCUGACUUUGAGCUGUACAACAUGAUCCGCCUGGGCCUCCACCAGGUCCCGGGGAGUCCAGUCUGGACAGAAUCACUUGUGUUUGGCCCCAGUGAUUUCAGUCAGUAGCCUGCUUCUGCUCUCAGACCUAUCACAUAUCUUGCCUUGGUGACUUAUUGUUCAAAUCAAACAAAACGUAGAAGAGCAUUUAAACAUCUUAAUACACUGCAGAGUUCAAACAUAGAGGGCUAAAAUUGCUAAAGGCGCUCACAUGAAGAGAUUGUUGUGAUUGGAAUUAAAGUGGCUUCUUCGUUUCUCCUCUCUUCAGCCUUCAGCAGCCCCUCUGUCUUGGUCUCUCUGUCUGGAGAGAGGCUGUUAGUGGAGGUGCACUUACCUUGUUCUAUCAAAAAGGAGUGUCUUCCUCUGCAGAGCUGCUGUCCACUGUCAAAAUUCAUUCACCCCUGGGUCACCGUGACAGUAUAUAACCAACAGAACCCCUCUGACUACAUGGUACCCCUAUUGCCAUCUGUAAUAACACUUUUUGCUCACCCUCCAUUUCUCUUGCUCUCUCUCGUUCACAUGUUCCCUCCUUUUUCCUUUUACCUGCUGCUAUGUAAGUUAAUCUAAGUAGUACAAUUGUGAAGGAGUGAGUGCUCAAACCAGAAACUACACUCAUGUUGUUUCCAGUGGUGUAAAGUACUUAAGUAAAAAUACUUUACUAUUUAUAUUUUUGACUACUUUUACUUUUACUUCACUACAUUCCUAAAGAAAAUUAUGUACUUUUUACUUUCCCUGAGACCCAAAAGUACUCGUUACAUUUUGAAUGCUUAGCAGGAUAGGAAAAUGGUCUACGUCACACACUUAUAGAGAGAACAUCCCUUGUCAUCCCUACUGCCUCUGAUCUGGCGGACUCACUAAACACAUGCUUCGUUUGUAAAUUAUGUCUGAGUGUUGGAGCGUGCCCCUGGCUAUCCGUACAUUUAAAAAAACAAGGAAAUGGUGCUGUCUGGAAUUGCUUAAUAUAAGGAAUUUGAAAUGAUUUAUACUUUUACUUUUACUUUUGAUACUUAAGUAUAUUUUAGGAACUACAUUGACUUUUGAUACUUAAGUAUAUUUCAAACCAAAUACUUUUAGACUUUUACUCAAGUAGUGUUUUACUGGGUGACUUUCACUUGAGUCAUUUUCUUUACUUUUACUCAAGUAUGACAAUUGGGUACUUUUUCCACCACUGGCUGUUUCUUUGUCUGCUGCAUGUUUUUUGUGUGCCUUGGGUUAGUACAAGUGUCCUUGAUUGGCUCUCUGUGAAACACCAUCUGAUACAGUCUCUCUGAUUGGCAUGUGUCUAAUACAGCGUUUGUGAUUGGCUGAUCCUGAUGCAUGUGUCUGAUACAGCGUUUGUGAUUGGCUUGUCCUGUUGCAGACGCAGACUGGUUCGGCCCAGAAGGUGGUGUACGGGGCAGAGUUCUCAAACCUGGCCCCAGGACAGGACUACUGUGUCGUGGCUAACUUCUCAGUUGAACCCUCCACCUUCCCCCAGGCCUCGUCUCCUCCCUCCAACCCCCACUGUGUCCACCAGGCUGCCCCAGGACCAGGUGAGAGGUCAGAGGUUUACGUUGUGUUAAGGUUGAGCCGGGGUGUGGACAUGAAGCUAGGGUUAUGAAUACGACCCUAAUUACACAAUGGACGUUUGUUUGUGUUUCCCAGGGUUGCAGCUAGUGUUGUUGGGGAUAGGAGUGUGUGCUGUGCUCUUCUCUCCUCUCCUUGUUCUGGCUCUGUACCGGCUGAAACAAAAACGAGAUGCAGCAACCAUAAACACACUCCCCAAGUGUCUAGUAAACUGUUCUUGUCCUCUUGACACACACACACACACACUGAGUAUUUCAUUUCAUUUAUGUGUAUAGUACUAUAUUAAAUGCAGUAUUAUAUUGAAUGUCCAUGGUCCUUGGGUAUAUCAUUACACAGUGUUUUUGUGUAUUUUUUUUAAUGCAGGCAUCUCUUCAGGCAUUCCUCCAGGACCCCCCAGAGUCCUCUUCAGACCCUGUUGACCCCAGUGACAUCCACGUGGAGGUUGUAGACGACCACAUCUCCUUCAUGUCCUCUUUCUCCAACUGUGUCUGCAUCGCGGCCCAGGCCCCAAGCCUGGGGGAUGGGUACAACAGCAAGCCCUUCCUCAGUGACUACAGUUCAGGCAACGUGCACUGGGACACUGGGGGAAUGGAGCUGGGCCUGAACUCUGGCAGCACCCUAUCCCUGCCGUGCUCCACUGUGCAUAUAGGCCUACAUAUGAACCAGUGCAGCUUAGAUUCACCUCGACAACCACAUCCAGGGCCCAAUGUGCCAACACUACCCUACCCUGGUUCUCUUUCUCUGUCAGAGGCUGUGGAGGGUCAGGGGGUCCUGCUGUGCUCAGUGAGGUUUGGGGGGGCGAGUGAGGGGGAAGGGGGUGAGAACCUGGAGGGACUACAGUGGUGUAACCUGUAG